GUUUGUCUCUCUCCCGUAUCCGCCUUCGCUCCCCUUCCCGUGCAUCCUGGAGCCCUUUGCUUUUGCCUCCACGCUGCCCCCCCCCCAGCCCUGCCCCCUUCUGGUCCCAGACCCCUUGCCCAGGGUGGGGGGGGGUCCCGAUUUGCCCUCCAGGGGCCCCCUCCAGCUCAGAGCGCGCUCUCCUCUCCCUCCAGCUCCACCCUCCCUCCCUCCCUCCCUCCGUUCCUCCCUCCCCUCCUUCCUUCCCUCUUUCCUCCCUCCCCAGGGGCUGUCGUGCCAGGGGGUGGGACAUGCCAAUCAACAACGGUUCUUCUCCUGCUGCCAGCACAGGACGAAGCUCCCCGGGGGAGCCAAGUGUCCCGGUCCCCCGAGAGGACGCUGUCCCCCUGGGGAGGGAGCGGGACUGGAGACCCCGGCGCGCCCACGCUCCCUCGCACACCCCCAUGGUGCUGGUCUUGGCCUGAGGGAGCCCAGGAGCGGUCUCCCUGCCCCGGGGAAUUCCGAGCCCAGGGAAGGGGCCACCCCCUGAGCCAGGGGAGGAAGGCCCUCCGCGCCCCAGCCCGCUCAGCAUCUCCCAUGUGGCCCGGCAGGCUGCCGACAUGAAUGUGUCCGUGGCCCCCGCCGUGAGCCCCAACAUCACUGUCCUGGAGCCGGUGAAGGGCCCGUGGCAGGUGGCCUUCAUCAUCCUCACCACGGGCCUGCUCUCGCUGGCCACCGUGACCGGCAACCUGCUGGUGCUGAUCUCCUUCAAGGUCAACAGCGAGCUCAAGACGGUCAACAACUACUUCCUGCUCAGCCUGGCGUGCGCCGACCUCAUCAUCGGCGUGGUCUCCAUGAACCUCUACACCACCUACCUGGUCAUGGGGCACUGGGCCCUGGGCACGCUGGCCUGCGACCUCUGGCUGGCCCUGGACUACGUGGCCAGCAACGCCUCCGUCAUGAACCUGCUGCUCAUCAGCUUCGACCGCUACUUCUCCGUCACCAGGCCGCUCAGCUACCGAGCCAAGAGGACGCCCCGGCGCGCCGCGCUCAUGAUCGGCCUGGCCUGGCUGGUGUCCUUCGUGCUCUGGGCGCCGGCCAUCCUUUUCUGGCAGUACCUGGUGGGCAAGCGGACCGUGAAGGCGGGCCAGUGCUACAUCCAGUUCCUGUCGGAGCCCAUCAUCACCUUCGGCACGGCCAUGGCCGCCUUCUACCUCCCCGUCACCGUCAUGUGCGUGCUUUACUGGCGCAUCUACCGUGAGACUGAGAACCGGGCCCGGGAGCUGGCGGCUCUGCAGGGCUCCGAGACGCCGGGCAAGGGGCUGGGCGGAGGCAGCAGCAGCAGCUCGGAGCGCUCCCAGCCCGGCCCCGAAGGCUCCCCCGACGUGCCCGCCCGGCGCUGCUGCUGCUGCUGGGGACCGCGGCUCCUCCCCUCCUACAGCUGGAAGGAAGAGGAGGAGGAGGAGGAGGACGAAGGCUACCUGGAGUCUCUGACGUCCUCCGAGGGCGAGGAGGCCGGCUUCGAGGUGGUCAUCAAGAUGCCCAUGGUGGGCCCGGAAGCCCCGGCGCCGGCCAAGCCGCCCCCUCGCGCCUCCCCCCAGACGGUGAAGCGCCCCACCAAGAAGGCCCGCGAGCGGGCGGGCAAGGAGCCCAAGAAGAAGGGGAAGGAGCAGCUGAGCAAGCGCAAGACCUUCUCGCUGGUCAAGGAGAAGAAAGCGGCCAGGACCCUGAGCGCCAUCCUGCUGGCCUUCAUCCUCACCUGGACCCCGUACAACAUCAUGGUGCUGGUGUCUACCUUCUGCACUGACUGCGUGCCCGAGACCCUGUGGGAGCUGGGCUACUGGCUCUGCUACGUCAACAGCACCAUCAACCCCAUGUGCUACGCGCUCUGCAACAAGGCCUUCCGCGACACCUUCCGCCUGCUGCUGCUCUGCCGCUGGGACAAGAGGCGCUGGCGGAAGAUCCCCAAGCGGCCCGGCUCCGUGCACCGGACGCCCUCCCGGCAGUGCUGACGGCCGCCCCACCCCCACAGAGCGCCCGGCUUCCCGGUGUGAGAGCUGCCCCUGCCCCGCCCGUCCCCCAGCUACUCCGCAGCUGCUUAUGAAGCGCC